UGCUGAUCCGGAUCAAACCAAAUUAGAGGAUCAAAUUAUGGUUAACCGAACUUUGUGACCACGCGAAAUUUCAAACUGGUGGCCCUGCCACAAUCCGCGAAAUUUCUUUGCAUUUCUGAGGGAAGAAAUAAGCAGCAACCCAAUCCGCAUCCAAAUUGAACUUCUCCCAUUUGCGCGAACCACUUUCCGUUGUAUUUCCCCGUCACUACAUCUACGCGAUUAAUGGCACGCGGAUUUGAUUAUUCAAAUUUCCUUCAUCAAGUGCAAUUAGAUUUUCAAAAUUGUCAGGCCUGACUACAAAUAAUAAUCUCUCAAUCUCUAACACGGAGUAUAUCUGAUUGCAAGUGUACAGUAUAUAUAUUUGGUAGAGGAGGAAUUUGAAAACCUCCACUGCCGGGAGUCAUAAUUCACUUUUUCCAGUGCGUAUGGGUGAAGUCACAGUUGGAUAUCCAGCCGAUUAACCGAAUUUUGGGUGUAUAGGGAAGCAUUUCUGGACAAGAAAAGCAUCCGCCUUUUUAUUACCGGACAGCAAGGGUGCAGCUGUGAGUAGCAUGGAAUCUGAGAAGGUUUUGAUGGAGUACUACAUUCCUGAUUACAUGCUUUUGUCUGAAAUAGAAGCAACAACGUCCUAUGCAGUACCUGCUUGCCCCAUCGUAGUGUUUAUCAAUUCUAGAAGUGGUGGCCAACUGGGGGGCGAACUUCUGCUGACGUAUCGUAGGCUUCUCAACCAAAAUCAGGUUUAUGAUUUGGGAGAAAGAUCUCCUGACAAAGUGCUACACCAGAUUUACUCGAACUUGGAAAAGCAUAAAAGGAAUGGGGAUAAUAUGUCUUUUGUAAUCGAGAACACACUGAGAAUCAUUGUUGCUGGUGGUGAUGGAACAGCUGGCUGGCUUCUUGGAGUGAUUUCGGAUCUUAAAUUAGCAUGUCCACCACCAAUUGCAACAGUACCUUUAGGAACAGGAAACAAUCUCCCAUUUGCAUUUGGCUGGGGGAAAAAGAAUCCCGGUACAGAUUGCAGCUCUGUGAAGCAUUUCCUGGAUCAAGUAAGAAAUGCAAAAGUGAUGAAAGUUGACAGCUGGCAUAUUCUUAUGCAAAUGAGGGCUCCUAUUGAAGGCUCUUGUGAUCCCAUUGCGCCCCUUGAGCUACCACAUUCACUGCAUGCUUUUAAGCGUGUCUCUCAAGCAGAUACAUUAAAUGAGGAGGGUUACCACACAUUUAGAGGAGGAUUCUGGAACUAUUUUAGCAUGGGGAUGGAUGCACAGGUUUCUUAUGCAUUUCACAGUGAAAGGAAGCUACAUCCUGAAAAUUUUAAAAACCAAUUAGUUAAUCAGACUAACUAUGCGAAGCUUGGCUGUACUCAAGGGUGGUUUUGGGCUUCUCUGACACAUCCAUCUUCGAAGAACAUUGCACAGCUGAGUAAGGUUAAAAUAAAGAAAAAAACCGGUGAUUGGGUCGAUCUCGAGAUACCAAGAAGUAUCAGGUCGAUUGUCUGCCUCAACCUGCCCAGCUUUUCUGGUGGUUUCAAUCCUUGGGGAAGUCCCAAUAAGAAAAAGCUCCAUGAGAGGGACUUGACUCCUCCAUAUGUUGAUGAUGGGCUGAUUGAGGUGGUUGGGUUUCGGGAUGCUUGGCAUGGCCUCGUUUUGCUUGCACCAAGGGGGCAUGGGAGACGACUUGCACAAGCACAUGGAAUUCGGUUUGAGUUCCAAAAAGGUGCUGCAGACCACACAUUUAUGAGGAUUGAUGGGGAGCCAUGGAAACAACCCCUUCCUUUGGAUGAUGAAACUGUUGUGGUGGAAAUUUCUCAUUUGGGACAGGUAAACAUGCUGGCUGCUCCCAGCUGCCGGUCUAGGAGUGUUCUUGCGCCCCCACCCCACACUCUUGACGACUCUGACGAUGAUGAUGAUAAUGAAUAUGAAGAGGAUGAAUCUGAUGAGAGGAGAAAGUUCGGUGCAGCCACUACUUUUCGCAUGCAGGAUGAUGGUCUAGAUGAUGAUGAUGAUAUGGAAAAACUCAAUAUGCAUAUAACAUGAGCUGUGCAUUUUCCAGCCAAUUUCUAGCUCUCUCAAUUAUUCCAAUUCCUUUAAUUUUUUCGUCCAACAUUUGAUGACUUAGCUUGCUGCUGGAUUAAACCGGAGUUACCUUUCACUAUGAUUGGUAAUUAGGCUGCUAACAAUCAAUUAAUAUUGUUGCUGUGUAUUUAAUAGGUUAGUAGUCAUGUAACUAAAAUAGUUAGCCAGCUUUGUACAGCAGCUUAACCUAACACAUGUAAGAAUUGAUUUCCAAUGGUUGGAAUGUGUUUCACUUUUUGUACGUAGUAUAAUUUUUUGUAGGUGAAGAUCCUAGUUUGAAAUUGUAGUCAUUCAUAACACUUUCUGAUAUUUGAUAAAUAACAUGUGAUGCACAUACCCAUGUUC